GCUUAUCAGUCGUCGACGAUCGAACUGACGAUAGUCUCUCGUCCGGAUUUAGAUAAUCUAAAAAAGGUGGACGUAAAGUGCACAUGCUGUAGAAUUAGAAGCAGUGACGAAGAGAGAGUUCCUCUCCUUGGAGAUUCAUUGGCCACGCAUCAUUUUCGGCGGGCUUCAUAUUAUAAUUACAACCGAAAUCCCUUUGAAAGGAAGGGCAGGACUUUGAGUAAUGGAACCUCAAGUAGUGCUAUGCAAUACGGUCGUAAUUGGCGCAACGGUUCAGAUGAAUUCACGUACGGAUAUGGAGGACCUACCACACCUUCCAUGCUAUGGGUUAAUGAUAAUCCCGGUUUAACCACAGAUUAUUCUAUAGGGUCACAUAACAGUAGCCAAUGGCGCCGUUGGGAGAAGAAACGGGAAGAAUUAUUAGCUAGAUAUGCCAAGAGUAGUAAUGAAGGCUAA